AUGGGCUCUAUCAGCGCAGCAAAUGCAGAAUUUUCUUUUGAUGUAUUCAAAGAGCUGAAAGUCCACCAUGCCAGUGACAACUUCUUCUAUUCCCCUCUGAGCAUCGUUGCAGCCUUGGCCAUAAUUUAUCUGGGAGCAAGAGGCAACACUGAGCAUCAGAUGGAGAAGGUUCUUCACUUCAACAAAAUUGCAGGGCUUGGAGAAACUUUUCAGAACAAGAUACAGAAAUCUAAGUGUGGCAGGUCUGUGAAUAUCCACAUACUGUUUAAAGAACUUCUCUCUGAUAUUGCUGAACCAAAAGCCAACUACUCACUCCACAUCGCCAAAAGACUCUAUAGUGAAAAGACUUAUUCAGUCCUGCCGAUCUAUUUAAAAUGUGUGAAGAAGCUGUACAGAGCAGGUCUGGAAAUGGUCAACUUCAAAACAGCAGCAAAUCAAGCCAGACAACUCAUUAAUUCUUGGGUGAGAAAUCAGACAAAUGGACAGAUCCAAGACUUCCUUGAACCAGGCUCUGUUGAUUCCAAUACUGUGCUAGUCCUCGUGAAUGCCAUUUACUUCAAAGGGAUAUGGAAGAGAGCAUUUAAAGAAGAAGACACUCGGGAAUAUCCAUUCAGUGUGAGAAAGCAAGAAAGCAAACCUGUGCAAAUGAUGCGUCAAAACAACACCUUCAAAGUGGCAGUCGUGGCUGCAGAGAAAAUUAAGAUCUUGGAGCUUCCAUAUUCCAGUGGAGAGCUGAGCAUGUUGAUACUGUUGCCUGAUGACAUCUCUGGCCUGGAGCAGCUUGAGAACAAAGUCAGCUUUGAAAAACUUACAGAGUGGACCAGUCCUAAUGUGAUGGAAAAGAAGAGAGUCAAAGUGUACCUCCCACGCAUGAAGUUUGAAGAAAAAUAUAACCUGACCUCUGUCUUGGUGGCCUUGGGUAUGAGUGACCUGUUCAGCCCCUUGGCCAAUCUGUCUGGCAUCUCCUCAGCAGAAAGCCUGAAGCUGUCUGAGGCCAUCCAUGAGGCACACAUGGAAGUCAAUGAAAUGGGCACCAGUAUAGCUGUCUCUGAGGAUGUGUUGGGAGACCUCAAACAUUCCCCUGAGAUUGAGUUCAGGGCUGAUCACCCUUUCCUUUUCUUCAUCAGACACAACCCAACCAACAGCAUCCUCUUCUUUGGUAGAUACUCUUCUCCCUAA